CUCCUUUGGCCAAGGGUUUCUACUGUACAAUUCUCAGUUCAAAGAGACACCAGAACCAGAUACUCCUAUUACCUCCAUUUUCUUGUUUUUUUUUCCCCCUUCAAUGGCUUCAACAACUCCUCACCUUAUUACUGUCGACGAUGACGACGAGUUCGAUUGGGAAGCAGCUUUUAGAGAGAUAGAUGUGGCUUGCCAAACCACGAAACCCUCGAUUUCAUGCUCGGACGACAACAAACCCAAGCUCUCUAAGCAAUCUACUCUCGAUAAAUUCAUCAGCCCCGCAGGCGCUGUACUGCCAUUGGAGAAUGGGGAUACAACAAAUAAAGAUAAAAGUAACUUGGUUGGUGAUAAAGGGUUGUGUUGCAUUGACAUUGAUGCUGAGGCAGCCAAAACUUGGAUAUAUCCAGUUAAUGUUCCUCUGCGUAAAUAUCAAUUAUCUAUAACCAAGACAACUCUAUUUUCAAAUACAUUGGUGGCGUUGCCAACUGGUCUUGGCAAAACCCUUAUUGCUGCUGUUGUUAUGUACAACUAUUUCAGAUGGUUUCCUGAAGGUUGCAAAGAAAAUUGAUUUGCCAAAAGAAGAGAAAUCAUUAUGUUCAAGGAGGUGAUGUCGAAAACUAUAAAGAUUACAUCAAUAAAGUCAUUUGGAGGUUGAACUGUAUUUUUUGUAGAAUAUAGAUGUUAA